AUGACUGGCCACGGCACCUUCCAGUACCUGAGGCUCCGAACCGCCGCCGCCAUAAUGCGCACCCUCGCGGCCGGAUUCCAAGGUCACCUCAGAGCCAUCCCCGCCGACUCCAACAGCGAGGCCCUCCAGAUCCCCUCGCGAGACGCCGGCAGGACCAUCGAGGCUCGCCUUUACUACCCGGGCGAGAAGGACAGCCCGCCUCCCGCCUCGCCCCUGCCCGUCCUCAUCAACUGGCACGGCGGCGGCUUCACCAUGCCCAACCUGGGGCUGGACCACGAGUUCCUCACCCGCGUCGCCCAGGCGAACAACAUGCUCGUCCUGGACGCCGACUACCGCAAGGGGCCCGAGGACCCCUUCCCCGCUGCGAUCCACGACGCCGAGGACGUGAUGAAGUACGUCGAGGCCCGCCCGAGCCAGUUCGACGUCACCCGCGUGGCCCUGUCAGGCGGCAGCUCAGGCGGCGUCGUGGCCCUCGUGGCCGCCUCGUCGCUGCGAGCCCGCCUUGAGACCCUCCACGUCCGGAGUGUCGUGCUCUUCUACCCGGGCACCGACCUGGCCGAGGCGCCCGAGGACAAGGUGGUCCCCCACCCGAUCAAGGCCAUGCCGCCAAAGCUGCUGCACAUGUUCUACGACAACUACGCGCCCGACGUGGCGACGCGCAAGGAUCCCCUCGUGUCGCCGCGGUUCGCCGACCCGGCGCUGUUCCCCGCGUCGGUGGUCAUCUUCACUGCCUCGGGGGAUGUCCUCGCGCCGGAGGGGAACGAGCUGGCCAAGGUGCUUGAUGACGGCACGCGGAGGGUCACCCACAUGGAGUUGGAGGACGCUCCGCACGGUUAUGAUAAGGGACCUGCUGAGGGCUCGCACCUGUGGGAGCUCAAGGAGCGGUCGUAUGGCAUUGCCGUCGAGGAGCUUGCCCGGGCGUUGGAGAUUCAGAAGGAGUAG